CACAUCAGCAAGACAGGUGGUUGUUGUUGUUGAUGGUGCUGCUUUAAAUGUCGUCGGCGCCCAUUUUUCUCUCUCUGUUUUUCUCUGAGUCAGAGAAAAUAUAGAGAAAGAAGAAAGAGAAAUGAUGGUUGACUGCUUAAGCUUUCUAAACACGACACAGAAGACUUUUUGAAUUUCUGCGAAAGCAUUUGAAGGCGACGAAGAAGAAGCAGAAGAAGGGUCGUAAGCUUUGCGGGCACGACAAGAUUUGCCUUUGAUUUCCAAAUUUGUUGCUUUUAUUACUUAAAUCGAAAUCGAUUCUUACAAAUCCGGAUUAGAAAAAAAUUGGGAGCUUUACAAUUACUACGAAAAAUGGAUUCAAGUCCGGAUGUGGCAUUUGAUUAUGAAUUGUGUCGAAUUUAGAGGGUGAAGGUCAAUCUUUGGUCCAUUACAAGAAUACAUAUCUGGAGAAAAAUGACCACUGACACGCCUAUAUGUCGAUUAGUUAGAUGUCCUAAAUGUCGACUGGUUCUACCAGAGUUGGCUGACCUUCCUGUAUACAAGUGUGGUGGAUGUGGCACUGUUCUCCAAGCCAAAAGACGAAAGGAUGCGGCUAAAAGCACAAACUCUAACUUCCGUGAAACAAAUGCGGUUCAGAUGAAUAGUUUGGAUCAAGAUGCCGAAGAUAAAGAGUCUCACAGUUCAAGUCAUAAGGCAAGUUGUGGGUCUUCUGGGGACUCUGAUAAUGGGCAACUUGGAAAUGUAAACUUGUUAAAUGAAGACCAAAAUGAUGAUUUUUUGGAGCAAAAUGACUUGAAGGGUUGCAGCUUAUCUGGGGAGCAGCUUGGAGGGGUUAACGUGUCAAAUGAAGACCAAAACAAUGAUUUUUUGGAGCAAAAUGACCCGAAGGAUUCCAGCUUAUCUGGGGAUUCUGAUAGUGAGCAGCUUGGAGGAGUAAACUUGUCAACUGAAGACCAAAACGAUGAUUUUUUGGAGCAAAAUGACCAGAAGGAUUGCAGCUUAUCUGGGGAUUCUGAUAGUGAGCAGCUUGGAGAGGUAAACUUGUCAACUGAAGACCAAAACGAUGAUUUUUUGGAGCAAAAUGACCGGAAGGAUUGCAGUUUAUCUGGGGAUUCUGAUAGUGAGCAGCUUGGAGGGGUAAACUUGUCAACUGAAGACCAAAACGAUGAUUUUUUGGAGCAAAAUUACCAGAAGGAUUGUGGCUUAUCUGGGGAUUCUGAUAGUGAGCAGUUUGGAGGGGUAAACUUGUCAACUGAAGACCAAAACGAUGGUUCUUUGGAGCAAAAUGACCAGAAGGAUUUCGGUGUAUCUGGGGCCUGUAAUAAUGAGCAGCUUAGAGGUGGAGACUUGUCAAAUGAAGACCACAUUUAUGAGACGCAUCAUAAUGAAAGUUAUGAAAGAAAUAUUCAACAUAAUGGAGUUCCUGAGGUAGUUUGUUCGCCAGUGGACCUUCCUCCUCGUCAGAAUGAAGAGUUGUCACCAUUAGAAGAAUCAAAUAAAGAAGUUGAUGUCAAUGAUGAGAACUCUCCAAUAUCCCGAGGAAAGUCAGAUGUAGAAAGCAAUGAUGAGAAUAAUUCUACUAUCAAAAGGUCAAGCACUGAGAAGCCUGUGGCGAUAAAUGGGAUGAGGCAAGUUGUCACAGCUGAAGGGACUGGGACAGCAAGAGAAAGCAUUUCCUCUGAUAUGCUCAGAUCUUCACCUCCUGAACAAAUGGAGCAUUCCCAGGAAGGCAUUGCGUAUGUUUUUGAUCGUGUUAGGUCCACAGAUACAUUGGAAACUACAGAUUUUAUCAAUCCCAGUUCAGAGCUUAGUGGUAAGCUCAUAGAUUUGUCUAAAUCCCCAACAACCAGAAGCUAUCAUGCUUAUUAUGAUGGCUGCACGUCUUCACUUGACGGGAUGGAUGAUCAAUCCCCAGACCACUACAGGAAUUCAUUAGAACGUCAUAGGCAUCCUCUUAAAAAUUCUUACAAGGCACCAAACCGUGAUGUUCCUGAGGAGAGGCCUAGAAGAAACAAAUUCCUAGCUAACGGUGAUGCAGAGAUGCAACAUCAAGCGAGAAAAUUUUCAUCAAGCUUGUCAGGUAAGAUGCAUAAGUGGAAUCAAGAUGAAUUGCAGAAACCGAUAGGGCUUGGAUAUCCAGGUGGAAACAGGAGAUCAGAGAGAGAUGAAUAUUCAUCUUGGUUGCCUUCGUAUCAAAGGGGUUUACCAAUUGGCUUUGAAAGUGGCAGCUCUUCCAAUCAACUCCAUGGCAGCUCUUCCAAUCAAUUACAUGAUGAGUUUCAUCGGCAUCCGAGUAUUCAUUUGCAUAAUAAACAUGAGUACACUGAACAGGAAAAGAGGAAGCUAUUGAUAAUGGUUAAUGAACUACAGGAUCAACUUAACAGAACAUACAAUCUGAAUGAAGAGACAGAAGGAAGAGAUUUUGCAGGCAUUGCUCGGGAGAAUCAUAUGCCCAUGUACUAUGAUCACAAAGCCCCGGAGGAGCAAAGUUUUUAUAACUCAAAUUAUCCUAUGUUUCCUGGAAGAUUCAGGCAGAAAAGCAACUGGUCCCAACAGAGUCAAGUCUUGCAUCAUAAACCUUUCUCAGGUGAGGCAACGUAUGGUAGACACCGCAUGGAUUCCUGCUUAUGUUGCCGUCCAUCAGACUGGCAUAACUCAACUCAGUUGCCUCCAUUUGGCCCUUUUCAUAAUAAAGGGGGUUGCAGGAUCCAUCCUAGCCAAAGUUUCCACCCUUCCUACGGCUCUUGUCCCUCAAGUCCCCAGCAGCACUUGGGCUUGGAGUUUCCAUUACGCAGCCGUGAAACAAAGUCUGAUGACCAGAGGAAUAAAGACCAUGGGGUUAAAAGGUACCUAAGGGAGAAGCAGUACUCUGGAAAGAAACACCUCCGACCAAUAGCUGGUGCAGCUCCUUUUAUAACUUGUCGUCGUUGCUUGAAACAGCUACAGCUCCCUGCUGAUUUCCUCGUUUUUGGAAGGAGAUGUCAUCGUCUCAAGUGUGGUGCUUGUUCAGAGGUGAUUAAGUUUUCCAUUAGAAAUGGAACUCAUUUGGUUCCAUAUUCACCACCAAACCUAAAAAACCCACCACCAAGUGAGGUUGGCGAGUAUAGUGAUGCUACUGAUAGGAGAAAUUUGGCUUCAGCAUCUCAUCCCAAUGAAUCCCCAAAGGUGGGUGAGGUGUCAUACUCUGAUGAUUACUCUUUCUCUAAAAGCUGCUCCUCAGAUGUAGAUCCUGCUUCUUUCACACCAAUGCAUCCCGUCCCAGGCAAUGCAGGUGACAGAAAAAUUCCUAUAGAUUCUUUGAAGAGUAAGCAAGAGAGCAACAUGUCUUUUUCAAAAGAGUCUCGUAACAAAGGUAAGAAUCCUGUAGAAGGAUACAUGUCAGCUGAGCCUUCUGCUAGUACUUCGAAAGCAAGGAGAAUUUCCUCUGAGAUUGAGGAGCUUCCACCAAGAUCAUCUUCACCACUUCAUCGACUCAUGGGUUAUUCCUCCCCAAGUGAAGUGAUCAGGGGAUCAGGACCAGCCAGCUCAAGGAGAAGCUGAUAACGAAGGCAUGCAUGGCUAUUAGCAGCAUAGAACCUCUCUUCUCAUCCAUGUGUUGGUUUCUAUUUAUCGUACUUAUACAUAAGGAGAUUUUUUUUUUUCUUCUGGUUCUUUCAUACCUUAGUGCAGAUUAACCAGAAUUGAUUUCUAUGCCUGACGAGUAUAGAUUAGUAGAAGUACCAAGCUUUUGGAUUUUGUACGAUUUGCUUAUAUGUGUAUAGCUGAUGUUGUAUAAUGAAUCAUUCAAUGUUGGAUGUAAAAAAGAUUGUGUGUCAUCAAUAAAGUGUCAGAAAAUUAGUUAU